AUGGAUGAUCAUCGCAGACUGCUGGAUUUCUCCCGGAGGCCCCAGAUAAUCUUACACCGAAUAGAUUGCCUGCAGUGUAACAUUUAUUACCAGGAGAGGAGAUCCACUCUGGACCAGGAGGAGUUGGAACCUCUGCAGGUGAAACAAGAACAGGAAGAGCCUGAAGAUCAUCAGAUAAAAGAAGAGCAGGAGGAUCUAAAACACCAGCAGAUCAAAGUGGAAGAGAAAGAAGUUUACUGCAGUCAUGGUGAAGAACAGAUUGAAUUAAAACAGGAGACUGAUACCUGCAUGAUGGUUCCUAUUGAUGAGCAAACAGACCACACUGAAUCAGAACCAAACAGGAACCAAGUCGUCCUCCAGGAAGCUGCUGAAGCUGAGGACCAAAAUCAAGAAAGAAGAAAACCUUUCUCAAGUGUCAUCUGUAAAAAGCGUUUGACUUUCAAAUCUGUUUUUGAUGCUCAUAUGAGAACUCAUACGGGUGAAAAGCCUUUUUCAUGUGUGAACUGUGGAAAAAGUUUUAGUCUAAAACAGGUUUUAACUCAGCACAUGAUGAUUCACACUGGUGAAAAUCCGUUUUCAUGCGUGAUCUGUGGAAAAAGCUUUAGUCAAAAACCGGCUUUAACUCAGCACAUGAGAAUUCACACAGGUGAAAAGCCGUUUUCAUGCGUGACCUGUUUAAAAAGUUUUAGUCAUAAAAAUAGUUUAACUCAGCACAUGACGCGUCACACAGUUGAAAAGCUGUAGAAUUAUGUUCCAUAAAUGUCCUAUGUUGUAUUUGUUAAAUGUGAUCAUUUUGAUCUUCACAUUUGGAUACUUAGAGAUGUUCAACCAUGACACAUUUUCCUCCAUUGAUGUUUUAUUUUUCUGGUAUAUUCUGUAUCAAAAAACAAUAAUGAUGAACUGUAUGUUAUUGUAUUAACAUACUGUUUAUGUCAAACUGUAUGUUGUGUGUGUACAACGUGAAGAGCAGAGGGCUCAGCACACAGCCCUGAGAAGUGCCAGUACUGAUGCUGAUAGAUGAAGAGGCUUGGGGGCCCACUGACUAUUUGAUGCAUUAACAGAGUUUGACCGGACAUGGACUCCCUUCCAGAACAUUCUCACAUGAUUGGAUUUGAGGGAUUGGUUUGUAUUAUUCUGUACCAUAGAGAGUGAGUGGGGUUUAUUUUUGUAGUUUUUUAAAUCAACAAUAGAAUGUAUAUAAUGGUUGAGUGUUUUAAAAAAAAAUCUACAAAACAGUA